AUGGAGCAGAAGAAUGAAGUAAUUAGCCGGGAGUUUGUCAAAGAGCUUGAUGAGUGGAUUGAACAGCUUUACGAAUGUAAACAGCUUUCAGAAGGCCAGGUCAAGCUGCUUUGCGAGAAGGUAAGUUAAUAAACUUUUUAUUUGAAAUUUAGGUAUUGUUUGGCUUUUAUUGCUUAAGAGCAGCAAUUUGAUAAGCUUUUUCAAUGUUAAUAGUGUCUUUAUUAUCAGGUUAAUCGUUAAUAACCAUAUUUUAUGCUUUAAAAGUAAUGAAAAACGAGAUUAUUAAUUAAACAAAUGGAUACGGCUGCUGAAGGUCUUCUUUUGUAAUAGUUGUCUUUUAGGCACGAGAAAUCUUAAAAGACGAAGCCAACGUGCAGGAAGUCAAAUGUCCGGUAACAGUAUGCGGUGAUGUACAUGGACAGUUCCAUGACCUGAUGGAACUCUUCAAAAUGGGUGGAAAAUCUCCCGACACAAAUUAUUUAUUUAUGGGAGAUUAUGUUGACCGAGGUUACUACUCGGUUGAGACAGUGUCACUUUUAGUUUGUUUGAAGGUAAGAUAUUUGUUUUUAGUCUUUAAGUUUAGGUUUUAGUAGCUCUAGUAAGUAGAUUGGAUAAAAUGCAAAAUUUUAGGUAUAAAAGGCUCUUUCUGAUGUAAUGAUAUUAUUUUUAUCAACUUAUUAUUAUUUUUUUAGGUUAGAUAUCGCGAUAGAGUAACGAUUCUCAGAGGUAACCACGAAUCUCGCCAAAUUACGCAGGUCUACGGUUUCUACGACGAGUGUCUAAGGAAGUACGGAAACUCAAAGGUGUGGAACCAUUUUACCGAGCUUUUUGACUAUUUCCCUUUGACCGCGUUGGUAGAUGGUCAAAUCUUCUGUUUACACGGUGGUCUUUCUCCCUCGAUAGAUACACUGGACCAUAUACGAUCGCUGGAGCGCAUUCAAGAAGUCCCUCACGAAGGUAAGGCUAUUUUUAAUAUUUUUCAAAGCAUUUUUUGUUUUUUGGCAAGAGUUAUUUAGGAGAGUAUUUUUUUAGUGCUAGGAAGCAUAAUCUAUAGUCUGGUUAUAACAAUUUUUACUAUUUUUCUACUUUUAUAACAUCUUAUUUCAGGACCUAUGUGCGAUCUGUUGUGGUCUGACCCCGACGACCGUGGAGGCUGGGGUAUCUCGCCUCGUGGUGCUGGUUACACCUUUGGUCAGGACAUCUCAGAGACAUUUAAUCACUCCAACGGCAUCACACUGAUAUCCAGAGCUCACCAACUGGUCAUGGAAGGUUACAACUGGUGUCACGACAGAAACGUAGUUACCGUGUUCUCGGCUCCCAACUACUGUUAUCGUUGUGGUAAUCAAGCGGCGAUGGUGGAAUUGGACGACGAACUUAAGUACUCCUUCUUGCAGUUUGAUCCAGCACCACGCCGAGGCGAACCUCAUGUGACUCGUCGUACUCCGGAUUACUUCUUGUGA